AUGCAUUUUUCAAUUCCGGAUACACAAGAAUUAAACGAAGGAAAUGGGUCAACCUUUAUUGGAUAUAAUAUUCAUAUAAAUGGAGUAUUUCAUUGUACAGUGCGCUACAAGCAACUUCACAAUUUAAAUGAGCAACUGAAGAAAGAAUUUGGUAAUGAAUAUGUGCCUAGUUUUCCUCCAAAAAAACUGCUACCUCUCACCGGAUCUCAAUUGGAGGAGAGGAGAGUCUUGCUGGAAAAGUACAUACAAACAAUUGGUCAGGAUUUGAAACUUGUGUCAUCCGAGUUAAUAGUAGGUUUCCUACUCUCGGCACAGCAAGAGACAACAUGUGAGAAAAAACAAGACAUAACAUUAGACAUUUACACUAUGAACAAUUAUCAAAUACCCGUAUGGGUAUCGACCUAUGAUAGGACUGAACAGGUACUUGCAAAAGCCUUCAAAUAUAUCAACUUACCAUUAGAAUAUUUGCAAUAUUUCUCUUUGUACCUAGUUAAAAAAGAUAAUAGUGGAGAAAUAAUUAUUUUACGGAAAUUAUUGGAUUUCGAGUCGCCUUAUAUGUCUCACAAAUCUCUGAAGGAUGCCAACAAAAUUUUAUUGAGAAAGAGUUAUUGGGAUUCGGCUUACGACUUUGAACUAAUGAACGAUCCAGUAUCGCUAAAUUUAUUGUACAUACAAGCCGUAACAGAAAUCGAAAAAGGCUGGGUGUUAGCCAACAAAGAUGCCAAAUCUAAGCUGACGGCUUUGCAAGUGACUUUGGCCAAGAAAGAAUACAUUGAAUUCGCUCAAAAACUGAAGUAUUACGGAUUUUUACAAUUCUUGCCGUGUUACUGUGAUUACCCCAAGUCCCAAACGAAAGUCCUGAUUGCCAUCGGGGAUCAGGAGCUGAGCAUGAGAAUUAUCGGCAGCGGUCAAUUCGUCAAAGAAGGUAGCUUUAAAGUGACUAGAAUGAGAUGUUGGAGAAUCACAGCCACUCACAAUAAACAAGAGAUGCCGGCUAACAGCCGAUCGAAUUCGAGCUCAACAUUAGAAUUAUCUUUCGAAUAUCUAAUGUCGAAAGAUAAAUUACAGUGGAUAACCAUAUCAAGUGAACAAGCAAUACUGAUGUCUGUUUGCCUGCAAUCUCUCGUCGAUGAAUUGCUCAUGAAGAAAAACGAUAUCAAGAGACGGACGACGCCUAAUGUAAAAGGCAAUAAUUGGUCUUAUAUGAAACGAGAUGGUUCCAGCCAUAGAAUAUCCAUUGAGAAUGUAAAUAUAGAUAACGAGGUGGACGACGUCCCGGAACCGAAAUAUCAAGAGUCGUUUUCGAUAAAGAAAUUGCAAGAAAAAUUCUCCAGCGUGUCGUUUAAAAACGGGCGGGAGUUCAUCGAAAAUCACGCGUUCGAAUGUAUAGGUGACGAUGAUUUAUAG